AUGUCUAUGGCUUCCUCAAGUGGAAAUGGCUCUGGCUCUCCUUGCGGAGCAUGCAAGUUCCUGAGACGAAAGUGUGCAGCUGAUUGCAUCUUUGCACCUUACUUUUGCUCAGAACAAGGCCCUGCAAGAUUUGCAGCCAUUCAUAAGGUGUUUGGUGCCAGCAAUGUUUCCAAGUUGCUUUUGCAUAUACCAGCUCAUGAUCGUUGUGAGGCGGUUGUCACUAUUGCUUAUGAGGCCCAGGCUCGCAUUAGAGACCCUGUUUAUGGCUGUGUCUCUCACAUUUUUGCCUUGCAGCAACAGGUAGCUUGCUUGCAAGCCCAACUGAUGCAGGUGAAGGCUCAGCUUGCGCAGAACCUGAUGGAGUCUAGGAACAUAGAGAAACAGUGGCCAGGGAACAAUAAUGUUGCAGGAUUACCAAUGAAUAGUUCAUUUUGUCCCAAUAAUUACAUGAACCCUAUAUCUCCUCAGAGCUCUAUGGAGUCAAUUGAUCACAACAGCAUCAAUGAUGGAAUGGGCAUGCAAGAUAUACAAAGUAGAGAGGAUUUCUCAUUCCAAGCUUCUUCUAAGAAAAGAUCAUAUAACAACCAUGAUUUGGGUGAGCUGCAAGAAUUAGCACUUAGGAUGAUGAGGAACUGA